GAAAGAGAGGGUUUAAUGGAGCUAGAGAGAGCAGCAUCAGCAGCAGAGGCAGGCUUUAGCCAAUCAGAAGCCAGCAUGCUCGAUGAGAGCUCCACCCCUUGAAGCCCCGUCAGAGCCCCCACAGAUGGAGAGACAGCCCGACUCGCGUCCUUCAUCACUUAUGAAUGGAGCGUCAAACAGGCCGCAUAACUGCACAUCUGCCCACUCUUGGAUAGACCACACGGAGAACCAGAACCAGCAGCAGGACCAGAACCAUGAAGAGACGACAGAGAAUCGCCCAGGAUGAAGACACAACUGAGGACAACAUACAGCUCGAUUCCUACCGGCCUUCAUCCUCAUCAUCCCCCUCUCCUCCUCCUCUUCCUGACUCAGUCAUGCCGCCCUCCACAUCCGCAUCCGCCCUCCUGGCGCUGGCCUCCCCGGCAACCCGUCGCUCCAUCUCCAUGGGCGACUUCCGGAGGGUGACAGGCGCACUUCUCGCCACCUCGGAGCCGGGGUCCACCUCGGCCACAGCCCCAUCCUCCAAACUGGUCACUCCGAGCUCCAGCAUGGAGUUUGAAGCAGCUCGCCGGCGUCUCCUGGAGGUGGAGGAGCGCCAGCGCGUAAUCAGGGAGAUGGAGCGGCGUCUGGAGGAGCUCCGAGAGGUGUUUGUGCGCUCAGAGCAGGAGGUGGUGCUGCACGGGGAGCUGCUCACCAGGAUGUCCGGCGCCUCCCAGCAAGGGGAGAUCUACGUGGCUGAGGGCAGCCAGCGCCUGAAGAAAGGCCUGAAGUUCAAGAAGCACAGGCCCACCAUCGUCUUCUCCUCUAUGUUGGGACUGCGAACAUGCCUGCCUUGGCCUGUGAAGCUCAAGUAGUGCAAUUUUUACUACUGUGAAAUGCUUCUGCUAUCCUUGAUCUCGCUUUCAUUACUCUCUUUUUGUUUGCUCUUCUACCCUAAGGCUGGUCCUUCAGAUCUUUAGAGUGCCUGCAAUAUUCUUACACGCUACUACAAGAGCUUAUCAGAAGAUGCUCUUCUCCUUGUUGUCAUGGAAACCAUGCUGCUUUUUAAGAUUGGACCUAGAAAGAGAAUAGGUAGCAGCUGACUGCAUGGUGCUGCAUGGAUGAGUCACGAAUGGAGUGAUUCACGCUUAAUUCAGAGUAGUACUGGAUGUUUUGAGGUAUUUUAAAGGAAUGAAAUGAGACUGAUGCUCGCUGAUGCUGCAUUGUUCAAUAAGAUGGAACUGAGCGAAGGCACUCGAACACGGAGAAAAUGUGCCUUGACGUCUCUCUGUGAUUCAUCUGCUACAAAAGCUGUUUUUUGGCAGCACGGCAGACCAGCGAGACAGGACUCCACCUGUGGCCUCCUGUCUCCUAGCAACCACUGUUUGCUCUUUCUCUAUAGCCACACAGAAUGUAUCCAACCAGAAGACAGCAGGUAUUGCAAAACAAAGAAUGAAGGUUAGACGCGUGACGUGUCAUGUGCAAUGGAUUUAUCCUUACAGGAAUGACGUGGCACUUAGCAGACACAACAUUGGGUACACAAAAUAACGCUCAGUUGUAGUAAAGAUAAAACUGUAUUUGGUGACUUAGAAUCCAAUCACCCACUAGAAAGGCAUAGAAAAUAAAUAAUCAAAGACAAAACAAAAACAUGAUCAUUUCAAUUUGGGAAAAAAUCAGUCCAAAUUAAUUUGCAAUGUAAUUUUGGAAUGUUUAUUUAUCAAUAUUUCUUUCAUUGUGGUUGUAAAUACAACUGUUUCUCAUGUUUUGCACAGCUACCCAACACCCAACAAAAACCUUCCAUAAAACCCACACAAAAUUGAGCGGUUUUCUGUGUACCUGAUACUGUGGCCGGUGAGUGUGCAUGUCUAUUCUUGGCAUCUGAAGGUGAAGGCCUGAGAGGCUCCAAGCACUCUCAUCUCAGCUUUCAUUGGAAGUGUACUGUAUGCGGGAUGUGAGUGCACAAGCUGGAAAAUGGACAUAUUACUUGAGCAUCAAUGUUUUAGAAUAGUUUCUUGCCAUUCUGCUAUAAGACUGUCACUGUUUAGAAUGUUGACACUUGUAUAUAAACCCAGUAUGGGGCUGGUCUGGUACCAGUCUGCUUGUAAUCCAGAAGCAUUUGAAAGGAAAUGGCUUUUCAGUAGGGAUGUCAGAUAUUGGCUUUUUGCUGAAAAUGGAUAUCCUGAUAGUGUCAAACUCACAAUUUCCGAUACCGAUAUGUAAUAUGACAUAUCUCCUGUGGUGGAAUGAACACAUACUGCAUUUUUGAAAUAUCGUUUUCUGGAAAAAAAAAUCUGAUACCGGUAUUGCAUUUUGAUACUGUAUCGGGACAUCCCUACUUAUUAGGGUGUUUUUACUCUUGGUCCCUUUGAGUCAUUAGUCAUUUGUGCAAAUGAGAGCACACUUUUAAACAAAGCAAACUGGUGUCAAUUCCGAACCGGUGCAAUGUGAACACAAAGCAGCUCAGGUUCACUUCGCCUUGUAUUGCUUUUAGCAUUGAAGUGGACCAGAAUGAGAUUAAGCGCAAUGUGAACACGUCGAGAACCAAAUUGGUUUUGUCUGUUGAUUCACUUUACUAGGUCCACUUAAAUGGUGCUAAAGUUUGCUUUUUUCUGUCUGAAUGAAUUGACGGCUUCGUGAACGUUGUGUUUGUUGUUGGGGUUUUUUUUCAGUUCCUUGUCACACUGUCACAAGUUAAAAUACAGGACAUAAGAUGGCUGAUCGGUCAUGAAUGUAAAUUUGAGAGUUAAAAAAACAUUUACCUCAUUGGUUAAUGCUCACACCUAAAACCUGAUUGGUUGAUUUGCCAGUUAGAGUGGAUGUAAAUCACUAUACAGUAGUUUGGAAUCAGAACAGAGAAUUUGGUCCACAUCUGAAUCGAUGACUGUGACCAAGAGAAGUGGAGAGAGGAGACUAUUUGUUUUGUCUUAAAGGGACUUUAUAGUGAACACAUCCUAAAAUGCGCAGGUACAUUGUACAUAAGUGGUAUGCACUAUUAGCUUUGAUUGUUUUUCCUGCAUCAACUCUUUUAAAGGGCUCAAAGGAUCCGUUCGAUAUGAGAACAUCGCUGAACAGAGGGGAGACUUUUCGGUUCUGGUCUUUCAAAUUCCUGAUAGCCAUAAUGACCUUACAAUUGACUUAAGUCUCGAUAAAGCAUUCCACUCCAACAGGGUGAACGUCCGUCUGCUUGCCAUCCACGCGCACAUCUCAACCAUUAUGAGCGAAGAGCUAUAGUGCAGAUUAGGCCUUAGACAAGUAUACACAGUAUAUUGCCUAUAACGCUUGUCAUAUGCCUUCUGCAAUGUCUGUGCAUUGGCAAUGAUCACACUGCUGACAAAGUGAUGGUAAAAGUAGCAAACACAUCCAAAAAAAAGACACAACAAUGCUGUUUUCAGGCUCUAUUUUUAGUUUCCCAAAGAUCUCGGGGCCCACUUGCAGAAUGAAUGUAAUGUUUAAUAAUUCAAAAAGACUUUAUUUGACUGUUGCGUAUUUAAUAUUAUGAUUCAUUUUUGGACCUUACCUAAUAUUUUUACGUCAGUCAUGUAACACAAAUGAAUGAAUUUGAUCUAACAAGUUUAAAAUACUACUACCAAAGGACACAGAAUGCCAUGAAUGAAGAAUAAAAAUAUUAGAAGAAAAUAUAACAUAAUAUAUACACACUAGCCAAACAGGUCAUACAAAGGUCCACACUAUUUUUUUCAUUUGAAUUCUUUCUUUGAUUGUAAUUGUGCAUGUGUGUUGUGAUAGACUUAAGUACAGAACUUUUUUUUCCUUUAAAUGACAUUUUUGCUGUAAAUUCCACUUUCAGUUAUCUUAUUUGGGCCUCACAGUGAUUGUAAGUCCUUUGUGCUCAUUGGUAACCUUCAAUUUACAGCCUUAAUCCCUGACAAUGAAAUGAGAAGAACUUCUUUAUAGAUUAUCAUAUAUAUAUUGCUGCCAUUUUUUUUAACAAGCUGUCUCCUGCACAGUGAAUGUUCUUAUGAUGUUUUCUGCUUACGUUUUCACUGUAGUUUCAUGUUUAAGUUGAAUUUUCUUGGCUGUUUAUUUAAGCACCGGGCUGCAGUGUUACAAGAUAAGGUCACAUUGUUAGGAUUAAACUGACUAAAUGAUUAAAAAUCUUACAUAAGAAAUUAAGCUGUUAUUCCGUGAAUUCCUAAUGGUUUGUGUUUGAGUCAGAGGAAAAAUGACAUCA